CUCCGCGGCGCGCGCGCGGGCCGUUAACAUCUCCGGCGGUCCCGUUCCCUGUGAGGCGAUGAGAAGGAGCCUGGCCCCCAGCCAGCUGGCCAAGAGGAAGGCGGGCGAGGAGGAGGAGGAGGAGGAUUGGCGUCCGCCGCCGACUCGGAAGAAGCAGAAGCCUGUCAGUGAGACAGACAGUGCAGAAUGCUACAGGUCGCCUUUCCGGAAACCCUUGGCUCAGUUGACCAACAGACCUCAUUGCCUGGAUAGCAGUCAACAUGAGGCUUUUAUCCGCAGCAUUUUGUCCAAACCCUUCAAAGUCCCGAUUCCAAAUUAUAAAGGGCCGCUGGGCUUGCGUGCGCUGGGUAUCAAACGAGCAGGGCUGAGGAGUCCUCUCCAUGACCCUUUUGAGGAAGGAGCUCUGGUUCUGUAUGAGCCCCCACUGCUGAGGGCCCACGACCAGCUGAAAAUAGACAAGGACAAAGCACCUGUACAUGUUGUGGUGGAUCCUGUCCUCAGUCGUGUUUUACGGCCCCAUCAGAGAGAAGGAGUGAAAUUCCUCUGGGACUGUGUGACGAGCCGGCGCAUCCCUGGGAGCUAUGGCUGUAUCAUGGCAGAUGAAAUGGGACUGGGCAAAACCUUGCAGUGCAUCACACUCAUGUGGACGCUUCUCCGGCAAAGUCCAGACUGCAAACCUGAAAUAGAGAAAGCCAUGGUGGUGUCUCCCUCCAGCCUGGUGAGAAACUGGUACAAUGAAGUAGAGAAAUGGCUGGGGGGAAGGAUCCAGCCACUAGCCAUUGAUGGAGGCUCCAAAGAAGAGAUUGACCGUAAACUAGUUGGCUUUAUGAACCAGCGUGGCCUGCGAGUGCCUUCACCCAUCCUGAUCAUCUCCUAUGAGACCUUCCGUCUCCACGCUGAGGCAUUGCAGAAGGGCAGUGUUGGACUGGUCAUAUGUGAUGAGGGCCAUAGACUGAAGAACUCUGAAAACCAAACAUACCAAGCUCUCAACAGCUUGAAUACACCUCGACGAGUCCUUAUCUCAGGCACCCCCAUUCAGAACGACCUGCUUGAGUAUUUCAGCUUGGUGCACUUUGUCAAUUCUGGCAUCCUGGGGACUGCACAGGAGUUUAAAAGACAUUUUGAAAUUCCCAUCUUGAAAGGCAGAGAUGCGGAUGCAAGUGAAGCUGAGCGACACAAAGGAGAAGAGAGGCUUAAAGAGCUGAUCAGUAUUGUGAACAGGUGUUUAAUCCGAAGAACUUCAGACAUCCUGUCCAAAUACCUGCCGGUGAAGAUUGAGCAGGUGGUCUGCUGCAGACUGACACCUCUGCAGGCUGAGCUGUACAAGAACUUCCUGAAGCAAGCCAAACCAGUGGAGGAGCUGAAGGAGGGCAAAAUCGGUGUGUCGUCUCUCUCUUCCAUCACUUCCUUGAAGAAGCUCUGCAAUCACCCUGCUCUUAUACACGAUAAGUGUGUGGAAGAGGAGGAAGGUUUUAUGGGAGCCCUGGACUUGUUCCCUGCUGGCUACAGCACCAAAUCUGUGGAACCCCAGCUUUCAGGAAAGAUGCUGGUUUUGGACUACAUCCUUGCUGUUACAAAAAGCACUAGUAAUGAUAAGGUGGUUUUAGUGUCUAACUACACUCAAACACUGGACCUAUUUGAAAAGCUCUGCAGAAACAGAAGGUAUUUAUAUGUCCGGCUGGAUGGCACCAUGUCCAUUAAAAAGAGAGCAAAGGUUGUGGAGAGAUUCAACAGUGCCUCGAGCCCUGAGUUUAUCUUCAUGCUAAGCAGCAAAGCAGGAGGCUGUGGUUUGAAUUUGAUCGGGGCUAACAGACUGGUUAUGUUUGACCCAGACUGGAAUCCAGCAAAUGAUGAGCAGGCCAUGGCUCGUGUGUGGCGGGAUGGCCAGAAGAAGACAUGCUACAUCUACCGGCUGCUUUCGACAGGGACCAUAGAGGAGAAGGUAUUCCAACGCCAGACCCACAAGAAGGCCCUCAGUAGCUGUGUGGUGGAUGAGGAACAGGAUGUAGAAAGACAUUUCUCACUUGGGGAGCUGAAAGAGCUCUUCACGUUGAAUGAGUCCACCACCAGUGACACCCAUGACAAGAUCAAGUGUCGUCGUUGUGUGAAUGGCCACCAGGUCCGGCCCCCUCCUGAGGGAUCUGACUGCACCUCUGACCUCUCCCAGUGGCACCACUGUGCCGACAAGCGGGGGCUACAAGACUCUGUGCUGAAGGCUGCAUGGGAUGCUGCUGUCACCUUCACUUUUCAUCACCACUCCCAUGAAGAGCAGCGAGGGAUACCCUAACAGGAAGUUACUGUCCCCUGUGGGGGCAAGGGCAGGCUGCUGUUGCAGUCCAUCCCACUUUAAUCCCUUUCAAGGAAAGGGGAGGAAGGUAGCAGUAUGUGCUAGGCUGUUCUGUGGCAGAAGGGCAUGCUGAGAGGCUGGAAGGCUCUCAGCAUUGCUGUCUACUACAACAGCAAGGAGUCAGUGGCUUUUCCCUGACGUGGGUAUUAUGCACCUGUGAAACAGCCUCUGGGAACUGAGAAUAACUGGACCUGGUGUGUUUAUUCAGGUUCAGCACUGGUUCUCAAGCUGUUGGUGUCUGUGCCUUCCACUCAGCCAAGUUUUGUCUUCAGGUUUAAGUUAAGCCUGGAGUUUUAUAGUACUUGAUGUGCACAGUCAUGCUAUUUUCCUUGACAGCUAUGGCUCAGAGCUGCUGAUCAGAAACUUGCAGGAUCCGUUUCUUUUGUGAAAUGUGAACCUUGUUGAUUACUCAGGAACAAGAAGAUUUGUACAAGGGGAAAUAAUUUCAGCUUAUGUUGAACAUUUAGCCUGAAAGAUCACGCGUGCAGUAUUAAGGUAACUCCAUUUCUAAAACCAGUUGCUUUUUUUAUGGGCAGGAUCCCCUGAUCUAGCAGUGUUUUAAUUCAAUCACAUUACAUACCAGUAAUAAAAAUCACACUUUGGUA